AUGGGUAGAGUGUCAAGACGCGACAGACUCCCGCCUAAAGAGCCUGUUAUUCUCUUCACAUUCGCAUCGUCCCUCACCCCAAGCGCGUGGGACGCGGCGGGAGAUGCGGUGGAGAACGCGCCAGGCCAGGCGCCUGCACAUCCCGACAAAGAUCGCGAGACGCAGCUCGUGUAUUACAUCGGCAUCGCGCGAGGGCCGUCUAUUCUCGUUGAUUUCGGGCGGCACAGGAAGAUUCUGCGAAGCGCCGUCUCUGCGGUGCUGGCAGACGCUCCUAAACACUGUAGCACAUACUCUUUGGGCUACGGCCGCACGAACCUCUUCCUCUCCUUCGGUCAGGGUCUGAUCGCCUUCGCCGUCGCAGACGAUGCUCUAGAGCGCUGCAGGGCGUUUCAGAUUCUGUCGCAGCUGCGAGCCACCGUCAUCCACACUCUCUCCCACACGCUCUCGCCGCACGCCCCCUCGCUCCCUCACCCCCGCUCGCACUCGCGGGCCGCUCUCGCCGCCGCGAACUUGCUCCGCCAGCCGCCGCAAAGACCAGUAACCGCCCCUCCCUCGAGCAAGUGCAACUGUGUAGUAACGGUUACAGCUCCGCCGGAGCGUACGGACGCGCCCGUGUCAACCGCGCUCCCCGCAGCAGCACAGGACGGCGAGACACCAGCCACGUCAGCAGCUACCCCCCACAGUACUAGCGCGACUAGCGGCGACACAGACACAAUCAAGACCGAUUCAACCAACAUUACUACCACCACCAGCAGCAGUAGCAGCAGCAGCAGUAACGCGUUUCCAUCUGGCCGAUCAGCUAAGAUGUCUCGUUCUCUCUCCGCGCAUUUCGCCCCGAACUUCCUCGCGGAUUGCCUGGAAGCGACCUUCAAGGAGGUGGUUCGAUCCGCUAGAGGCCGCCUCCGUAAGCGCACAGUGCUGCAACUGUACCCCGACGCUCCGCACGCUUAUCUCGUGAAUAAAAAGAACAUGCAUGAGCCGGAUAUUCUGGACCCGUUAGAAGCCGGCAGUAACGGAGCCAGCAGCAGGCUUGUAACGGGUACAGGCGCGUCGGAACACAGCAGCGGCGGCUCAGGCGACAACCUCAACCGGAGCGGGAGGGAAGGAAUAGGAGGAGCAGGGGGAACCGGAGGAAGCUUCCAGGGCGGGAGGGAGAACCUUCUUAGCUCGCAAGUGAGCGCGCGGGAAUCUCUAAUGAGCGAACUUUCCGACAUGAUGGCGGAUUUCGAAGUGGGGGACUUCGGGGAGAAGCUCGUCGUGUCGCGGACGGGGCGGGAUGAUGAAUACGUGGAUGACGAUGAGUGGUACAGACAGACCCGCGGACAACCCCCCAUGAUGACCACCAAUGCGCGCGGCCUCGGGAUUGGUUCCGGGCGAGGGUUAGGGUUAGGGUCUGGUGCUGGAAGGGGAGGGGAAAGAGGCGGAGGGGGAGGGGGAGGGGGAGGCGGAAGGGGAGGGGGAGGGGGAGGGAGGGGGGGAGCGGGGAACAGUCCGCUGCUGGGUUUUGCGGCGCAUGUGCGGGGGGCGGGAAUGUUCCCGACGCACUCGCACUCCGCCGUGUUUGCGCCCAUGGGCGGCCGCUCCGCGUCCCUUGGUGUAGGCGCAACGCCCCCCAUGGUUCCCGCGGAAUAUGCGGGGCUCGUUCCUAUCAGGUCCGGGGGAGGGGCUGCGGGCAUUGGGGUGGGAAUGGGGGGAGGGAUGGGAGGAGUAGGAGGGGUGGGGACCGAGCGGCAGCAGCAGCAGCAGCAGGCGCAUGCGUUUCCGCGGGCAGCAAUGGGGGGCGUGUUGAGGGAAGCGUAUGCAGAGGGUGAUGCGUGGGAGCAGCAGAGGGAGGGGAUAGGAGCAGGCAGCGGAGAGGGGAGCGGAGAGGCACAAUCAGGAGCAGCUGCUGGAGCUCGGCACAAUAUCUCUCUCUCCCACACUGAACCCUCUUCAGACCUCACCACAGUGGUUCCAGAUUUUCACCUGAACCCCAACCUGCCAGGGCACGUGGCAGCAGGGAGGCAGGGAGCAGGCGGGGGGCGGAAGCUAGGCGAAGGGCACAGGCGCAUGGGAGGAAGUGAGGGAGCGCUUGGCGCGCUUGACACUACCGCCCUAGAUGGCAGCAGCAUUCCGAACAGCAGCGGCUUUACAAAUUGCGGUUUUGGGAACAGCGGUUUUGAGGGUAGCGGUUUUGGAAGGAGCGGUGGGGAAGCAGGGACAGCAGGGGUGGGUGCACGUGGCAACGAAGGGUUUUACCCCCCUGGUGGUGCUGCUGGGUUUCCUCCUACAGGGUUUUCGCCUGCAGGGUUUUCACCUGCAGGCUUUUCGCCUGCAGGCUUUUCCCCUGUUGCUGCUGGGGGUGAGAUUGGGCAUAGUGUAGGCAAUUUCUUGUUCAGUACCAGUUUCAAUGCGAGUACUGGUGGCAGCAGCAGCGGUGGCAUUGGCAGUUUUGGGAGCAGCAGCAACCCGUUUGAAGAGGCAGCCAAUCGGAUCAAGAGCCAGAGAUCCGAGUUUGAUAACCUCUUUCCACUGCAAUCACCAGCAGAGGAUAUAGAGGAGGAUGAGGAAUUCGACCGGACCGCCCUCACCGGACCUGCAGGUUCGGGCGGGAAGGAGUACGUCCGGGCGCAGGCUCGGCAUCAGGCUCGGGAGUGGGGCACGAUGCGCAUGCGGCUGAAAUCAGGGCAGAUGUCUCCGAUGCUCAAGGGGGCUUUAAGUGUGUUUAGGAGUCCGACUGUGCAGGAGAAAACGACAGGGGGGAUGCGGCCGGCCACUGCCGCCCGAAUUUCGGCUUUAACUGCUGGGGGGGGUGGGGGUGUGAGAGGGGAUGAGAAGUGGAGUGCUGGGCUCAAGCCUUUGUGGGCUUCGUUUAAGAAGGGGGCGAGUGGGAAAGAGAAGGAGGGGGGUAGUGGGGAGCGUCCGUCCCGUCGCCUUUCCGUCGCCCUCGCAAACACACGCGUAACGGCCCUCCCGUCGUCGUCACGGUCUCCCCUCCCGGUCUGUUAUUCUCCCGUUCACCCCUCUUGUCCUCUCGCCCUCGCGAUUUCCCUCCGAUCCCGUCGCCUUCCCGUUCUCCCGCCCCUCGCCUUCGAUGUCCCCUCUUCCUUCCCGUCGCCCUCACUAUCUCCCUUCCCUCACGUUGCCUUCGAUGUCCCCCUUUUCCCUCGCGAUAUCCCUUCCCCCUCCCGUCGCCUGUCCGCUCUCUCUCCCGUCGCCUGUCCGCUCUCUCUCCCGUCGCCUGUCCGCUCCCCCUCCCCUCGCCUUCGCGCUCUCCCUCCCGUCGGCGCCCUCCCUCCCGUCUGCUUCGCGCUCUCCCUCCCGUUGCCUGUCCGCCCUCCCUACCUUCGACUUCGCGCUCUCUCUCCCGUCGCCUGUCCGCUCUCCCUCCCAUCGCCUUAUCGCUCUCCCUCCCGUCGCCUUUCUCCUUCCCCACUUCAUCUCCUAUCGCUCACGUCCUCCCCUCCCAUCGGCAUCGCGCUCACGUUCCGCCCUCCCGUCACCAUCGCGCUCACGUGCACCUGUCUUCGCAUCGCCUUCGCGCUCAUGGCCUCCCCUCCGAUCACUGUCCCGUCUGCUUCCGGUGCGCGCUGCCGUCUCUUCCUUCUAGACGAUUCAUCCCGUGGCGGACUCGUCCUAUUCACCCUCCCGUGCGCGCUUCGUCCCGCCCACCCCGUCCUUUUCUCCCAUGCCCGCCGCUUUGCAUUCUUUCUCCCGUCCGCUUCUCCCGUGAUCGUUGUCGUCCCUCCCUCUGUUCCAUUCCUCGUGUGCCCCAUUCCCCCUACCGUCCAUUCCUCCCGUUCGCUUUUCGUCGAUUCACUGCCAUCUGUUUCCCCCAUAUCCGCGGAUUUCGCAUUGUCCCUCCCGGGCUUCGUGAUUGGCGCGCCUCGCCCCAUUUAG